ACCAUGUAAACGAUUAGAUAAACGCUUUACUUGUGAUCUCGAAUAUAGUUGAACACCCCCUCUGUCCUUUCGGUUCAAACUAACAGCGUAAAGAAGAGGAGUGGCCACGGCCGGAGCCAAAAUGGCAACGACAGUGCGUCAGUUGCACACUUCGCACUGAUUCACCAAACUAUACGUUAGCUGCACUUUAGCUAGCUCAACAAGGAACUACCACAGAGACGGAAACCCGGGGACCAUUGAAUAUGGCUGAAAUUGAACAACACGAAGGAGAGCAGGACAUUGAGAAGAAAAUUGAGGAGACGAGACAGAGAUUCAAGAAUGAGCUCCUCCAAGAUUCAACAGACAAAUAUGACUCCAGAGAUGUUGAAAGGCUUGAAAAAGAUGAUGCUCUGGUGGAGGGCUACCUGACGUGGAGACUUUAUGUUGUUGAUGAUGCCUUGAAAAUGAUUGAUGAAAGUCUCCAGUGGAGAAAAGAAUAUGGUGUGAAUGAUCUCAGUGAAAGCACCAUACCCAAAUGGAUGUUCGAGACUGGUGCUGUCUACCUCCAUGGCUAUGACAAAGAGGGCAACAAGCUUUUCUGGUUCAAAGUAAAACUACAUGUCAAGGAUGCAAAAACACUCAUGGACAAGAAGAAGUACGUUGCCUUCUGGCUGGAGCGCUAUGCGAAGAAAGAACCUGGGAUGCCACUCACUGUUGUGUUUGACAUGACAGAGUCUGGCCUCAGCAACAUAGACAUGGAGUUCGUGAAGUACAUUAUUAAUUGCUUCAAAGUGUACUAUCCAAAGUUUUUAUCCAAAAUGAUCAUCGUGGAUAUGCCUUGGAUCAUGAAUGCUGCCUGGAAGAUUGUGAAGUCGUGGUUGGGUCCCGAGGCAAUCAGCAAGCUCAAGUUUGCAUCCAAAUCUGAGAUCCACGGAUUCAUAGACUUAGAGUACCUGCCAUCUCACAUGGGUGGAACGGACCCCUUCAAGUACAGCUACCCGCCUCUCCCUGAUGACGACUUCCAAACGCCCAUCUGUGAAAACGGACCAAUUGUUAGUGAGGACGAGACAGAGAGCAAAGAGGGUGAAAUGGAGGGCAAAGAUACCCUUGAGUCCAGCUUCAACUCUGAGGUUGCGGUCAAGCCGAAAAAGGUGAAUUUCCUGGAAGACAGUUUGAGGGUAGAGGACAAUGAUAAAGGAGACACAAGCACCAGGACUAAAGGGGCCAGGAAGCCACAGACCACCUUCAAAGGCCCUCUGCUAGAUGUUAGCCCCGCGGAGGAGCUCAGCUUUGGUUCAGGAGAGACAGAGAAAAAAAGCCUCAUUAUUCUGAGCAAUGUAACCAAAAAUCAAGUGGCCUUCAAGGUACGGACCACAGCACCCGAGAAGUACAGAGUGAAGCCUAGCAGCAGCAGCUGUGAACCAGGAGCUUCAGUAGAUAUAGUGGUGUCAUUACAUGGAGGUUCUCAAGCCUCUCCACAGGAUAGAUUUUUGGUCAUGGCUGCCGAGAUGGACAAUGCUGGAUCACAAGAACUUGCACAGUUCUGGAAAGAAGUACCGAAAAACAAGGUCAUGGAACACAGAUUGCGCUGUCAUGUUCUGGAGAGCAUUAAACCAACAGUGAAUUCUCUCAGAGACAGCCCUGCGGAGACAGGGACCAGCGGGCAGCAGGAAUUAAACACAGCGCUCAUGCGAGUGAUGACCUGCAACGCACGGCUUGAGCAGAAGCUGAAUACAUGUCUGUGGGUGCAGAAGGUUCUCAUUGUGUUGGUGCUGGUCCUUGUGGUGCUGAACCUUCUGUGUCUCUACCUGCUGGGUACUUCCCAGCAGCCUUCCUGACCUGCCACGGCGUUCUCUGCCUGCAUCUGUCGACCACAGGCGCACAGAUGGUUCCAGCGGGGCCACAGUUGACUGCCUGGGUGACGGUCGUCCUGAGCUCUCUCCUCCCCACGGGCUGCUGCCAUGGAGGAGAGGAGGGCUCACUUUAGGGACAUGUGAGUUAUUGUGGGGUUACUGUAUGAAGAGAUUGUACUCGACUGUUUUCAAGCACUUGAGUUAAAACAACAGAGACACUUUUAAUAAUGCGACUUUCGAUCAUUAAUGUAUUUUUUAAGACCGAUCAUGAAAAAAUAAAUGUGUAUUUAUUGCAAAAGACACAAUAUGUAGGAAGAAUUAGUUAUUUUUGUGAUCAUAAUGGGCAAUUUUUUAUAUCAUAUAAAUCUACAGAAUAUAAAAUAAACAUUUUUUUUCUCAAAUUA